GACCAAUGAGGGACUCCCACGAUUUAAGUUCUCCGAUGGUAUGCUCAGAUGUUGUAACGUCUGCUAGGAUGGGAGGUUUGAAGUUAAAUUGGUUAUUAUUUGUAAAUUUAACAAUAUGUAUUGUAUUAUCGAUAGCCGGGAGAGAUUUUUACAACAUCUUAGGCUUAUCACGUAGUGCAAGUACACAUGCAAUAAAGAAGGCUUAUAGACAAUUAGCGAAAGAAUUACAUCCUGAUAAAAAUAAAGAUGAUCCAGAUGCUUCUCGAAAAUUUCAAGACUUGGGAGCAGCUUAUGAAGUAUUGUCGGACCCUGAAAAGAGAGAAAUGUAUGAUCGAUGUGGAGAGGAAUGUUUAAAAAGGGAUGGCAUGAUGAACAAUAAUGUUGAUCCUUUUGCAAGUUUUUUUGGUGACUUUAGUUUUCAUUUUGGUGGAGAAUCUCAUCAUCAACAUGAAACUCCUAGAGGUGCAAAUACUAUAAUGGACUUACCUGUCACUUUAGAAGAAUUAUACAGUGGUAAUUUUAUUGAGAUUACCAGGAAUAAGUUAGUUGUGAAAGCAGCAAAAGGAACAAGAAAGUGCAAUUGUAGACAAGAAUUAGUUACUCGCAAUUUAGGAAAUGGAAGAUUCCAAAUGAUGCAACAAUCGGUGUGCUCAGAAUGUCCAAAUGUCAAAUUAGUGAAUGAAGAUCGUGUACUGGAGGUAGAAAUUGAACCAGGUAUGGUAGAUGGGCAAGAGACUAAAUUUACAGCAGAAGGAGAGCCUCAUAUCGAUGGAGAACCUGGUGAUUUGAUAUUGAAGAUACGAACUCUACCUCAUCCUGUUUUUGAAAGAAAAGGCGAUGAUUUAUAUACAAAUAUUACUAUUUCUUUGCAAGAUGCGCUACUAGGUUUUACAGUGGAUAUAAAACACCUAGAUGGCCAUACAGUAACUAUUCAAAGAGACAAAAUCACUAAACAUGGUGCUCGUAUUAGGAAAAAAGGCGAAGGAAUGCCUAAUUAUGAUAAUAACAAUCUACAUGGUACUUUGUUUGUUACCUUCGAUGUUGCAUUUCCUGAUAAUGAAUUUACAAACGAACAGAAAGAAGACAUAAGGAAAUUACUGCAGCAAAGUUCAGUGAAUCGAGUGUACAAUGGUAUAGGAGGCAAAUGAAUAUCUAUUUGUGAAUAUUUAUAAGUUUAGUACAUAUGUACAAAGUGAGACAAUGUAAAGCGGAUAUUUCGAUUGGGAUGUACGUCUUGAUACUGUAUGUUUGUAUUAUGCGUGGGAGAUUUCUGCUUCCUUGUUUCAAUACCAAUAGAUUUGGUAAUCAAAUUGAUUAGUUGGAUAGUCGAGUAUGUUACAUGAUUCCAUGGAAUUUUAUCACGAGCAUAUAUAUAUAUAUAUGUGUUCUAGUUGCGAAAGACUGGUUGAAUCGCGGAUUUAUGUCACCAAUCGCAUGAAUCAUCGUCGACAAUGAUUAAGCAGAUUAUUUAAAUUCCUAAGUUAUUUUACGUUUGGAUAUCAUGAAUAAUGUAUGCAAGAUUCAGUAUGAAUGUGGAUACAUUUUUGCAUUUAAUAUUACGCAACAAGAGAGAUAUGUUGCAUACUUACGAUCAUACAAUUGUACAAUCUCAGAAUCCUACAGUCUUACGACCUUAUGCAAUUGUAGUAAUUAUGAUCGUACAUUAUGGUCACAUAAAACAGCUCUCUUGUAGCUGCACCACACAAAUUGUGGUUCUGGACAUGUAAACGUCAAUAAGAGUGCAUAAUAUAUAUAGUAUCGAAAUAAAAUUAAUAAUUGCGCGGUACAUUUGU